CUCAGAUUCUUAACUGUGUGCAGAUUUUUAACUGUAUGUUUAUUUUUGUUGUGUUGUGUUGUGUUGUGCGGUGCGAAAGUUUGGAGUUCUGUUUUAAAAUCUGUAUAGAAAUUUGCUCUGUUUCUGUACAACGUUAGCAGAACAUUUUUCACUAUGGGUUCUAGGAGAGGGCAUGAUUAUUCUUACAGAGAUCAGCAAUUCAAGGGUUCUCGUCCGGAAUUAGAAAGACUACUUUCAAAAAGCUGCACAUUGUAUGUUGGCAACCUCAGCUUUUAUACUACUGAUUUACAAAUUUAUGAACUUUUUUCUAAAUGUGGUGAUGUAAAAAGAGUUAUAGUUGGAUUAGAUCGAUUCAAGAAAACACCUUGUGGAUUCUGUUUUGUGGAAUAUUAUACCCGAGAAGAUGCAGAGAAUGCCAUGCGUUAUGUUAAUGGCACAAAAUUAGAUGAUCGUAUAAUUCGAACAGAUUGGGAUGCUGGAUUUGUAGAAGGAAGGCAGUAUGGAAGAGGAAGGACUGGAGGACAAGUACGAGAUGAAUACAGGACAGAUUAUGAUGUUGGCAGAGGAGGUUAUGGAAAAAUUGUUCAACAAAAAUUAGGCAGUACAGAAACACUGACAGAUAUUUAAUUUUAUAUAGGCAACUUAUAUCAUUCAUGUUGAAAACUGGUAUAUUCAACUCAUCAGAUCAUUUAUAUUCAGAAAUACUGGAAUACAUACUUCAUCUGGCCAUCUUUGAAGCAUACAUAUGUAUAUACAUCAGUUUAAAUAAUAUGAAAAAGCUUAAUGUUAUGGGAGACUUUUUUUUCUCUUUUUGAAAAGCAUUUUGGAGGACAAAUGUAUUGAAUGAUAUUGCUGUCAUCUGGUAAUUUUAAUAUACACCUUGUGACUUAUGAAUGUAUUCUGCAAUAACAUUAAGAACAAAAUCUUUGUUAAAAGUGGGAUUUGUUAAUAAAAUGCUUACUUUCCAG